AAACAAAAACCCUAGCUAGCAACACACAUUUUCAUCCUUUCACUGCAAACCCUAGCCUUCUUCCUUUUCCUCCGCGGCUACAUUUCCACUCUCGUUCCCGCGAUAUCAAAGUAAAAAUGAAGGUGGUCGCCGCCUACUUGCUUGCCGUACUCGGAGGAAACGCUUCUCCUUCCGCCGAUGACUUGAAGGUUAUUCUCGGAUCAGUUGGAGCUGAGGCUGAUGAUGAUAGGAUAGAGUUGCUAUUGUCUGAAGUUAAAGGCAAAGAUAUCACCGAGCUAAUUGCAAGUGGAAGGGAGAAGUUGGCUUCUGUUCCUUCUGGUGGUGGUGAUGUUGCGGUUGCCGCUCCUACAGCUGGUGGUGGCAGUGCUGCUGCACCUGCCGCUGAGGCCAAGAAAGAGGAGAAGGUUGAGGAGAAGGAAGAAUCCGACGAUGAUAUGGGUUUCAGCCUCUUUGACUAAGCAAGCAAAGCAAAUAUUCAAUGCUCAAAGAUCCCUCGUACGUUGAGGAACAGCUGAUCUAAACCAACUUCUUUUUGGGCAAUGUUUUGUCACUUUUUAUUUUUAUUUGUUAUGAUAAUGAUAUAAGUUAAGAAGUUAAGAAUUUAAGAUUGUUUUUUCA